GGUAGAUGUUCAAGAAUCGCUUGUUGAGCAACGACCAUCAUCGAUAUGUCAGCGGGAUUACCAAAACGUAUAUUAAAAGAAGCAGAGCGUCUCCAAGUAGAUGCACCUGAAGGAAUACAAGCCAUACCCUCAGAAGAGGAUAUCAGAUACUUUGAUGUUUCUAUACAAGGUCCAGAUGGUUCACCCUUUGAAAAGGGUAUCUUCAAGCUAGAACUCUGGUUGCCGUCAUCAUACCCUAUGGAACCACCAAAAGUUAGGUUUUUAACCAAGAUCUACCAUCCUAAUAUAGACAAAUUGGGAAGGAUCUGUUUGGACAUCUUAAAGGAUAAAUGGUCGCCUGCUUUGCAAAUCAGAACUGUCUUACUUUCUAUACAAGCGCUGCUAUCCUCCCCUAAUCCAGACGAUCCUUUAGCGAAUGACGUCGCAGAGCAUUACAAGACAGACGAGCAAGCAGCCAAAGCAGUCAGUAAAGAAUGGACAGCGUUGUACGCUGAGUCGUUAUAAGUAUACAAUUUAUCACUCGUUUAACUCCUUUGUACGCUUCUGUAAUUCUUCUCUUGAUAACGGUUGUUCGAGAUUGUCUACUUUAUCCUUUGAAGGUAUAUGAGGAUCCCUGGAAGGGUGCUUGAGAGUUGUAGGGUGUUCCUAUGUCUAUUUAGUACAUUUCAACUUUAUGGAUACUCCUAUAAAUACCUCA